AUGCCCUUUUUGAGAGAUGCCCUCAUCCUGUGGCUACCACCAAGUUGGACGAACAGCUCCACAUUACAUCUACGAAGCAAGCUGCAUCACCUUCACCAUCUCCCGAAAGCCAAAACGAUGAGGGGAGACGGGCCGCCGAACGCGCGGGCACGCUCCGGCACCCCCGUCUUCCCCGACCAAUGGCCAGACAGCAUCGAGGACCUGGUUCGCUACAUGGACCCUCGCUAUGACGGCCCGGUCCUGGACCGCCCCUACGACAUGCAAGACCCUCCCCAGACCCUGCGCUUCGGCCAGCGCAUUCCCAGCAUGGACGAACUCCAGCAACUGUGGGAACCAGAACUAGAAGCGGGAGAAGAACCUUCCAGGAGCGUCGAGAACAGCAGCUCCUCGGUGGAAGAGGGGGAGGGGCGCCGCGGCGCGGCGCGCGCGAGCACCGCGAGCGUGAACACGUCGCGGCCGCGCGGAUUGGGAGGCGGCUUGGCGCAAGGCGUUUCAGCGGCGCCCGCGCAGACGCGGAGCCAGUCCGUGGGGCCUGUCCCCACAUUGACUGAGGGUUUGCAGAUGCGCGCGCACACACGGAGCCAGUCUGUGGGGCUCAUUCCUGUCCCUACCUUGACAGAGGGUUUGGAGGUUUCUAGGGGCGUCAAGCGGCCUCUCUCCGACAGCGGCGACGCGCGCGGGCCGAUGCGCAUCAUUGCCGAGCCGCGCUUUGAGUCGGCGCAAAGGAGGCGGACUCUCGAGACUUCGUCGAGGUUUGGGGGGCUUGGGAGCGCCUGGGACGUCGUUGGCGGAAAUCCACACCACUACGAAACGGGAGGUUUUGGGGUUGCCGGGUUGGCAGAACCGGGGGCCAGUCGAUCACCCUGGCUUGGCGCUAUCACCGGUCGACCACACGGGAACCCUGGAUUGGGGACGGGGGUUAGCCGGGUUAGCGGGGUUAGCGGAGCUUUGAGAACCGGGUUUCAACGCGCAAACCCUUUUUCAGAGGAAGUCGAAGAAGGCGGGCGGGCUCUGGCAAUAAACCCCCGGGUAGACGAGCGGUCGUCGCGCGGCUCGAGCCGCCGCAGCCGCCGGCGCGCGGCCGCGACUAGACCGGAGUCGGAAGAAGAGUCGGAGCUGGGCCUCGUAACUGCGCUGGAGCUCGGGAGGCACCUGACAAACGCGGGAGGGGCGUCUCAGACAAGGCCCCGUAGAAUUGAAGGCGGGGAGAUGGGGGAAAGCAGAGAAACCGAGGAAACUGGUAACCCUGGGGCGAUUGGCGGAACCGGGGGAGCUGGGGCAACUGGAGGAACGGCGUCGGUUGGCGAGGAGACAGGGGGAACUAGAGUGGAGGGAGAAGCAGGAGAGGGGGGAGGGGAAGAAAGCGGCCCGAGGCGGCGCCGGUCGGGGAGGGCGUGGUGGGAGGCGGCGUAUGCGGCGAGGCUGCAGGACAGCAAAGAGGCAAAGGAUGAAUAA